AUGGGUCGCAUGCACAAUCCCGGAAAGGGUAUUUCCAAGUCUGCUUUGCCAUACCGUCGCUCCGUUCCUUCAUGGUUGAAACUCAGCAGCGAUGACGUGCAAGAGCACAUUGUUAGACUCGCUAGAAAGGGUAUUCGUCCAUCUCAAAUUGGUGUUAUCCUCAGGGAUUCUUACGGAGUUGCCCAAGUUCGCCGUGUCUCUGGAAACAAGGUUUUCAGAAUUCUGAAGGCUAAGGGUAUGGCCCCAGAAAUUCCAGAGGAUCUUUACCAUCUUAUCAAGAAGGCUGUUUCUAUUAGAAAGCAUCUUGAGCGUUGCCGCAAGGAUAUUGAUUCCAAGUACAGACUUAUUCUUGUCGAGUCUCGUAUCCAUCGUCUUGCUCGUUACUACAAGAGAUCUAAGAAGCUUCCUGCUACCUGGAAGUACGAGUCUGCCACUGCUGCUUCCUUCAUCUCAUAA